GAUAUAAUAUCCCUGGUCUUAUCCGAUAAUUUUUUCAACAAACAGUGUACUAUAAACCUUUGUACAUGGUGGCAAUAUGCGCGCAUAUACUUGAUACUUGCGUUCACCUAAUCACCAACAAUAUAAAUGUUCCAGUGCUUGCUUUCUGUAAAACUGUUGGUAGGGGUGUCACUCUCACUGCCUUGACAAGGAUCAGAGCUCAUACAACAAGUUACCCACUUCUUGCAAGCCUUAUGGUACCAAAUUGACGUUUUUGAAACAUGCGUCCCAGAGACAUGAUCUGAACGGCUAUUACAAAUCACCCCCCCCCUCCCCCCGCGUGAAAAACAGCAUAAUAACCUCUUCUUUGCGAAAGUUUUCUCUAACCUUUGAUCUUUUUGGUUCCCAUCAGUAUUUCUUUUAAAGCUUUGCAUAUUUCAUUCUUGUCAUUAUAUGAAAUUAAAACAGUAGUUAUGUAUGUUCGUGAAUUACGUUACACUGCUGUAAAUUACGUUACACUCAAAUACAGACUUAUUCCUGAUUUAAACACCCAGCGAAUCAAUAUGUAUAUUUCAUUUUUAUGAUUAAUGUUUUUUUGGGCCUAAAUAUGACCACUCUCGUUUGUGACAUCCGGUUUUGAUCAAAUUUGGCUUCUAAAUUUUUCAUUUUAAUACAGGAAAUGGGAUUAAUACAUCGUAAUAUUUUAAUUCAUAAGUCAGUCAUAGCUAGAUAUUAUAUUUAAUCCCCUCAACAACUAAAGAUGGAGAAUUUUGUUUUCAAAAAUCGCUUGUGACAACAAAAAUUGUUUUGGGGCACUAUAACUGACUUUGGAUGAAUAACGUACUUGUAGGCUGGCCUAACAUAUUCCUCACUCUUUUAUCCUACUGAUAAUACUUUAAAAAUCAAUUUAAACAUUUUAUGUCGCAUCAAUGCACGUCGAUUGGGUUUUCUUGCAAGAUUUGCAUGUAAACAUAAGGCUCACUAUAAGAUUCACUAUUACCAUACCUUUACAUAAAUAUUACAAAAGAAUGUGAGUUUUUAUCUUUAAACUUGAAUUCGGACUCAAGUAUCCUUUAAAUUAUACCAUUGGUAAUAUCAGUCACACUGUGGUAUUAAAUUCGAAUUAAUUACAACUAACAAAUUAUAGUCCCCACCACUUAGCAAUUAAUGAAAUGAUCACAUUACAAAAAAACACAUGUAUCUCUAAUAUAACUUAGCGGUUAACAAGUAUACUCAUAGAAUAAAUACUAGAAAAUGAUGUAUUCAACUCGUUUCAUAAAAUAUAGAAAACUACAAAUUACUUUUCAAAUUGUUACAGGACUACAUAUUAUUCAUUUCUUCAGUUUCUUUGUAUGCACAUUUGUUUUAAAGUAUAGAAAGCAUGGCGGAGCUACUUACACGUAAAGACAAGAAACAAAUAUCACAGUGGAUUGGCAGGGACAGUCAGUUUGAGCUCCUAUACAAAAUAAGCCGUGACGGGAUGUCUUACCAGAGGUUCCAUGAGUUGUGUGACAACAAAGGACCCACUGCGACCAUCUUCUACAAUAAGGAUAACAAUGUGUACGGGGGGUACCUGUCAGACAGCUGGGAGAGUACUGGGGGCUGGUGUACAGACCAGAGAGCGUUUCUGUUCAAAUUACAUUCUGCUGGCAACUGGAAACCAGUGAUGUUUCCUUAUACAAGUGGAGGAACUCAUUUUAAAUCAGACAAGUACGGACCGUGGUUUUAUUCUUUAGCUUCAUGCUCAAAUACAGUAUUGAACAAAUCAUUGCAAGGUUACUAUCCAUUUUACUCUCAGCAUUAUUUCUUUGACGGGCAAAGAUUUGACAUGAAAGGAGAGACUGCCCAGUCUGUGGCAAACGGUCACAACAAUGUCACCGAUCUGGAGGUCUACCUGGUCAAAGAAGGAUUGCCCGAUGAUGAACCCGAAUCUCCCUGGAGGGACUCACCAGACUGGAGUUCACAGACUUUUCAAGAAUUAAAAGAAUUUGUUGCAAAUUACAAUCCCCUGGAGGAGAUGAAGAUCCCAGAAGUCAACAUUCUACUGAUAGGACAGGUCGGAGCCGGGAAGUCCAGUUUCCUCAACACCAUCAACUCCAUCUUCAAAGGCGAAAUGUCUUCUCGGGCAUGUACCGGAGGCGCCGAAAACAGCCUUACAAAAAGAUUUGAAAAAUUCCGAAUCCGUGACCCUUCGACCAAGAAAUACCUUCGUUUCCGGAUCUGUGACACAAGGGGUGUGGAGGAGGAUGUAUCAAUUAAAAUUGAAAAUGUAGGCUUCAUCCUGGAUGGCAAUAUCCCUAAUCAUUACAUGUUUGAAGUUGAUUCCACUGUAUCAAAAAAAAUCCUGGGCUUUGUCAAAGAGCCCACAGUGAAGGAUAGGAUACACGUGGUGGUGUUUGUACUUGACGGGAGUACACUGGACGUCCUGUCAGAGGGGGUCGUCUCAAAACUCAAGGAUAUCAAAAGUGUGGUGGUAGAUAGGGGAAUACCCCAUCUUGUUUUCCUUACGAAGAUCGACAAAGUUUGUAAAUUAGUUGAGAAGGACGUCAGCAAAACGUACAAGAGUAGCAACAUUGAAGAUGUGAUCGACGAGGCUGCUGCAACCAUUGCUAUCCCAAGAUCCCAAGUACUUCCGGUCAAAAAUUAUGAGAAGGAAACCAUUCUUAAUAUGGAUAUAAAUAUUCUAGCUCUAACGGCUCUGAAAAAGUCGUUGGUGUUUGCAGAUGACUUUUUAGAGAACCAGUAUGAUUGGCAACAGGAUAAUGUACAGAUAUUAAACAAAAGGGACUGAGCAUUUCAAAAGAUCUAAAUAAACUUUCAUUUGAUUGAACUAGUAUUGUAAGUUAUUUCAAUUUAAAAUUACAUCGAUGUCGCCUGUGUAAAUAAACAGGUUCAGCUUAACUUUGUGUGUGUGUGUGUGUGUG